AUGACUUAGAUAAGGAUCAUCUAAACUUUAAAGUUUAAUAGAUUUAGAAAUGCCAUAAAUAUGAAAUAUAAUGUUAUGUACAUAAAUGAUAUCACUUAUUAAUGUAAUUAAAUUAAUUUAAUUAUUAAGUAUUGA